GAGAGACAUUUUGAUGGUAACCCUGUCAGAGUAAUGAGGUCAUUCAGCUCUUAUUCUUACAAUAAUAAGCACUGUGCAGAAACUCUCCAUUGACCAGCAUGUCCAGAGGCAGAGGACACAUAAACUGCUGGAAAUGUAUAAGUAGAUAAAAAGACUUAAUACUCUGCCUUACAUUGUGCUUUUAGCUAAAUGCUAAUGCUUGCAUGGCAAUGCUAACAUGCUGAUGUUUAGCAAGUCUAAUGACGUUCAGUAUAUUUUGUCAUUCUAGUAAGUGUGUUACCAUGCUAUCAUUUGCUAAUUGGCGUUAAACACAUUGAUUGGAAUAGCAUUUAGUCAAAAAAGAAAAGGUUAGAGUGAUUAAGUUCAUCCUGAGGUGAACAUGAAUGUGUGUAGAAACAGUUGUUUACAUAUUUCAGCCUGAACCAAUCAACCCACAGACAUUAUCAUCCACAGAGCCAUGAUAAACACAAGACUAAAAAUCUACAUCUGUCAAAAUACACAGUGUGAAAUAGUGGAACCGGUCCUGUUCAUAACGAUAUGGAUUCGAGAUGAUUAAAAAUGAAAAGCUCACACAUUAGUGUGAUUCUUCCUAAUGUACAUAUUAACACAUCUCUUUAUACACUUUAUUAAACUGUUGGACGUCGUUUCUUACUCUCGUCAUGAAUCUCGGGUUCCUUCCUGAAAGAUUCAUUCGUAUAUUGUACAGAAGUGACAUCAGUCUCUCCAGCUGGGAGAACAUCAGACCCAUACAGAGUCAUACAUCAGUUAUAUUCAUCUCCACCCAAUUCAACUUGUGUCAAGAUAUUAAAAUAACUUCAAGCACCAAAGUCAGUGAAAUAAUAAAAAAAACUACCACUUUUUUAUAGUUAAUAGUUUAAAAAGUUGGUUUCUUUAUAAUCAUAACAGUUUAACAGUAGUUGCUCUGUCCUUAUACACAAAUAUGAAUAACCAAACACACGUCAUUAUAUGGCAGGACUUUGUCUGCAACACAAUUCAUGAAUAUUGUCAUGUUGAUAUUUUCAUACAUUAUCACUCAAAGUGAUCACACACUCCACUCACCAAUGUGUCUGAGGGUUCUGUCAGUUUAACACCAAACAUACAAAUAUAAUACAUCAAGCACGAGACACCAUUGACCAGAAACCUUCCCAAACAUACAAACACAAUGUCAAGACUGACGGUGACUAAAACAAUCCCACCACAAGGUCCAUUAAGAAGCUGUUCUGGAGCUUUGUAUUGUUUCACAAGAUCUUCCUCAGCAGAUGGAUUUUGCCCAGUUGUCAUGGAAAUGGACAGUAGAUGUUUAAAUUUCAAUUUUUCUGAAGAAUUACAUCUUUGAACAUCUACAAUUCACGAUAAAUCCAUGUCCCGAGGAAGAUUUGACUGACAGUGAACAGCUCCCCAGUGAACCGUGUGGUAAGACCAACAAACCAGUGUUAACCCACAUCUGAACAAAUGGAAACUCUAAGAAGAAGAGAGACGUAUUUCAUAGAUAUGGAGCUUGAAGCUGAGCCAGAGCAGACUGCUGCAGGAAGGCGGCACAACGUCACACUGUUCAUUAUCAACUUCAGGAAUCGCCGCCUGACGUCUGAGAACCUGGACACUCUGUUGGCGUUCAUGCCCACACUGGAGCGCCGCCUCACUGGAGAACCUGAACCGCCUGCGUCGCUGAUGGCGAACAUCAGGACAGACUGCCUGAGAUCACCCUUCACUUACAAGGACGAGGACGUGGAGAAUGAUAGACUCUGUUCUUUGGUGGCAAAACCAGCACGGGUCAUGAUGACGCCUGCAGGCUUUAGGCUUCCUGCUGGCAAACUCCUGUCUCCAACCCACCCAGACAAAGUUCACAUCAUGGUCCUGAAAGCAGACCGGAGGAACAGCAUCCUCACUUUGGAGUGGGACGGCGUGCCUUUCAACAGGGCCGUGUCCCCCGUCUACAGGGCUACAGAAGAGCAGGUGAAGGGCUGGUUCAGGGUGUCUGACUACACUCAAGAUGGCCACAUGACACUGUCAGUGUUGUGCUAUUUCCCCAUUGUGGAAGAGGAGGAUAGGGUGCGACGGGAGGAGCCGCAGAAAAAGAGGGAGAGGGAUGAAGAGGAUGAGAGCAGCGCUGAUGUCCCUAAACCAAAACGCCUCAGAGUGUAAUUGCCUCCGCCGGUGGUGGUGGUGGUGGGGGGGUCCUAUCCCAAAUCACCUCAAGUGCCUUAUUGUGAAGGAGCGUCAAGAGAUUCUCAUUCUGUUGGUUUGGCUGCAAACCGUCCCAGUUUGAACUGAAGGUCUCAACUGAUGGAUCGUAACAAACUCUGUCUGCUCCUCAGCUCAGAGUGUGUUUGACUUUGUACAGCCAGAAAAUUUUAUUUUCAUGAAUAAAAAGAGAGAAGAGAAAAGA